AUGGGACGGACGCCUCCUCUGCUGCUGCUCCUUCUGACAUCACUGCUGAGCUGCACAACAAACCAAGGCUACAUUGUCCCUUUUGACAGUGGAGUUUACUGGUGUGAGUCCAGAGAGGGAGCAACCAGUAACAGCAUCACCAUCACUGUCACUGGUGGACCAGUGAUCCUGCAGAGUCCUGUCCUCCCUGUGAUGGAGGGAGAAGACCUCACUCUGACUUGUAAAACAAAGAUGUCCUCCAACCUCCCAGCUGGUUUCUAUAAAGAUGGCUCCUUCAUCAGGACUGAGCCUGCAGGUCACAUGACCAUCCACCAUGUUUCCAGGUCUGAUGAAGGCCUCUACAAGUGUCUCAUCAGCAGUGUUGGAGAGUCUCCACCCAGCUGGGUCUCUGUCACAGGGAAACCAAAGAUCACAAGACCUCCUACUACUACGAGCUCUCUGCCGCCCCCUGAUACCUCAGCUCUGCCCCCGGCCUCAGACCACCUCCCCCUUGUGAUCAGACUGGUCGUCCACCUGGUGGUGUUCUGUCCGUACUGCAUCUCCACUUUCAUCAUGGUGUCUUUAUAUCGAUGUAGGACCACAGGAAAUGACCUGCCUGUUUCUGUGGUGAUGACCCCCCCACCCAGGCUGAGGAGGGAUUGGAUGAUGACUAUGAUGUCAUCACUGCUGUCACCACAGAGCAUCACUUCUGAACUGAUCUGAAAAGAAGCUCAAAUGUGUCAAGUCCUCAUAAAUCAGAAACAGUGGAAGCCUCAGAAUGUUUCCCUGUGGAAGUUUAAACGUGCAGCUGCUUGUAAUGCUCCAGUCUGCAGCGUUUUGAAACCUGUUAGUUUACACCAGUGAGAUGAGACGGUGUAUCCUCUGUAUUGAGAUAACUCUGGGGCUCUCGUUGAGCCUUCAUCUAAAAUUCUGCCAUUUCCAACAGCUGACGGUUUGAAACAUAGUAAAUAAAAUGGAUCAUUUCAUUUCUAUAGUUUUCAGCUAAUUUGUCCGUUCCCAAACCAGCCUCUGAAAACGUAACCA